AUGCAGGUGGCCUGGUCUUGCGUCAGGCUGUACUUCCCCGCCAAACUUCUCCACUUGGUUUUAAUCGUCAAGGCCAUUGAAGACAGGAGGCACCGCGAACUUGGAUUAGGAAAGGGCAGGGGACAACACCAACACGGAAACCCGAUCCCCGUUCCAACCCUCCCACGAGGUCUGGCCCCCGUUCGCCAUGUUGAGCAGCGCCGGCACGCCUACCCAGAAGGCCUACCCGCCCCAACAACUCUCGACCGCCAACGCCUCCCGACCGAGCCUCGACCACCAGCGGGAGAACAAUGGCCUCCAACCCCCGCCCUCCUCAGCGCAUCGCGCAUCACCACCGCCUCUGGCGUGAGCUUCGCACCCCGCGGUUCCUCCCUCAAUCCCAAUCCCGGCCCGGGAGCUUCAGCAGCGACUUUCGCGUCCACAACCCCGCCCAGCGAGCCCCUCGAGGGCCGAAAGCUACUCGAGAGACCCAAAGAUGAAGAUCAAGGAGGGCAGCGAGAACAUGCUCGAAGCCUUGAACAACAAAAGGCCAAGCAGUCCAAGGAGCAGCGGGCGCGCGUCGAGGCGGAGCUCAACUCGUCAAACUUGAAGAUCAAGGAGCUGCGCCAAAAGAUUUCAGAUGCCCAAAACCGGACCCGGACGCCCCAGCCCCCGACUACCCCGACGAGACAGCGGACCGCCGACGGUCUCUUGAGUAGCAAUGGCCUUCGCUCCCCGCCGAGUGUUUCUCGCAGCGGGGCCGCCUCUGAUCUGGAAGAGGCUACGGAAUCUCCCACCUUUGCGCUGACCGAGCUGCUCCAGGCCUUGGAGGCGGAGCGCAUGACCCUGAUUACUACUCGGGAGGUGGUCGCCGCUGGUUAUCGGGUCCUGCGCUACGCCGUCUCGGAUAUCACCUCUUUGCGAAAGAUUCGGACGCUCAACACGGAUUAUCUCGUUGUCACCUCUCUCAUCAAGGAUCGCAAAGCCGAUGUAGAGAGAGAGCAGGCUUUGAAGUUCAUGCGCGCAUUCCUCGAUGUGAAGGAUGGCGUAAAGGAGAUAUCCCGUGCCGUAGUUCGAGCAAUCGCCGCUCUUGCUGAGCACGGAGAGGACAGGUCCGGUUCGCGGGCCGCCCUCGAGGCACCCAUGGACCGCGAGGACAGGCUGAGGCCUAUCUGCAUCCAGACCCUCGCCGAGAUCCUUGUUCGGGAUCCUCCCCUUCUCCUUGCCUCGGGCGGUCUGGCUCCGCUGUAUGACGCCCUUUCCGAGGGCACGUACAAGGCGCCGGAGGGGCUGACCGCUGCCUUCUUGUUCCUACUCGACUCGCCAAACAAGCGAAAGUAUCUCCACCCCGGCUACAGCAUAGAGUCGCUAUUUAGUCCCUUCACAGACCAGCUUCUCGAGAAUGAAGGCCUGCUGAAGCAAAACGCCAAAGCUAUCGCGGCCGCCCUGAAGACUUGGCCCGGCCUCAUGGCCUUGUCCAUGUACGAAUUCCGCACUGUCAAGUCUUUUGUGGAGUGCAUGCUGUACCCUUCUCUCAUCGUCAAAGAGACCGUCAUUGACCUCAUCUACUCUCUGCUGCGGAUCAAGUCUCCCGGCUGGGCCCAGUCGUAUCUCGCAGGCCGCCGUUUAACCACGUACGGGAGAGUCACGUCUCUGAGAGGGGCGGUGGGCAAGGCAAACUCCCAUGCCCCAGCGGACGAGGAUUCUGGGGAGCAAAAUUUCGUCGAGCACUACACCGCUCUCCUGCUCACUGUUUUUAUCCGAUCCAACCUUUUGCCGGUGCUUCUCAAACUUACGCAGACGUACGACAACCCGACCCUGAAGCGCAAGACGACCCUUUUGCUAGGCGAAGUCCUCAAGCUCUCCAGCAAGCUCCUGCUUCCGAGCUGGAGCAGCGAACUCCAGCUGUUGCCCGAGCUGUUCGCCGCCGCGACGCAAUUUGACAACGACGAGCACUUCAAUGCCACGGGCACCGUCUAUCAAAUCAGCAGUGUGAGCAAGACAUUAUAUCGCACCUCGCCCUCCGGAUCCGGCGGCGGGUUGAUGCAGGCCAACGCCUACGGGGAUGUGAUGGAUGACCAUCCCAAGGCCAACUCGGCAGUUGUCACCGAUGACACCACCUUCCGCCAGCUGCUCAUCGACAGCGGCAGCGGCAAGCGCCUCGAAGAAGCCGUCAAGGCCUCCAAGUUCCUCAAACGCAUCAUUAGCUUUUACCGGCCCUUCAAGUACAAGUUCUCCGAGCUCAAGAGCACGAGGAAUACGCAAAAGUACGUCCGCGCCGGGUGCGCGUUGAUGCACUCCCUCAUGCAGUCGCCCGAAGGCCUUCGGUUUCUUGCCGAGAGUAAGCUACUCAAGCAGAUAGCCGAAUGCCUUGCCCAAUGUGAUCCGGCGACCGGAUACCCUGCGCAAUUUCCCAUGUUCUCCAAGGACAGGCUCAUCGACACCCUGUGCGGUGGGUACUUUGCCAUGGUUGGGGUUCUCAGCGGCGACCCAAAGGGCCUCGCUCUCCUUGAUAGGUGGCGCAUGUUCAACAUGAUGUAUCACAUUGUGGAUUUGAAACAGCGUCCUGACCUCAUCAAGUUGAUUCUUGCCAACCUCGAUUACAGCAUCAAUGGCCAUCCCCGCGUCCUUCUCUCAAAAGCCUUGACGGGCGGGACUAUGGAUAUCCGCAUUCACGCCACAAAUACCCUGCGGAAAUAUGCGAUCCGUCCCCUCUCCUCCCAAGAUGCGGUGGCCGACUCAAAGUGGGCCAUUCAACUCCUCGUAACCCAGUUGUAUGACCCGGAAAUCGAGGUGUGCUCCACCGCGAUCAAGAUCCUCGAGAAAGCCUGCAACCGAAAGACGUAUCUGGAGUAUAUCGUCGAGUGCCGACCCUCACUCGACCAUCUCGGCGAGAUCGGGGCACCCCUGCUGCUACGAUUCCUUUCUACCUCCAUCGGGUACAAGUACCUGGACGGUUUAGACUACAUCAGCAACGAGAUGGAUGAUUGGUUUCUCGGCCGUAACGACUCGUAUGUGAGCCUCAUCGAGGCUAGUCUUGCUCGUGCAUUCAUGGACAGCCCCGAUGAUCACCAAAACCGCAUGAGUUUGUUUGACGAAGGUGCCGUGGGCGAUUUCGCCGACGCCCACGUGCCACCGCAUUUUUACCGCGAGUUGACGCGUACCCAAGAAGGCUGUAAGCUUUUAAGUGACAAAGGCCACUUUGACGAAUUCGCAUCGACGAUCCGCGAGUACGGCAUGCAGUCGGAGGACUCAGAGCUCAUCACCAAAGUUAAGGGAUGCAUGUGGGCGGUCGGAAACGUUGGCUCCAUGGAGCUUGGGGCGCCGUUCAUCGAGUCGAGUGACGUGGUCGAGCAGAUCGUCAAGAUUGCCCAGUCCGUCCAUGGCUUGGAAAUUUUGUAUGAGAACGGUUGGGACGCCAAUACCAACGCCCUGGGCCGCUCCCUCGGCUUCUGCCUUCCCGUUGACGUGGCCAAGUUCUUCUCUCUUGUCCCCUGGAGAUCGGAGAGGGUCGUUAAUGUAGCUCUCCCAGAUUCCCAAAGGACGGAGAGGGUUGCGCCGCCGCCCAUGCCCACACGGCCGCCUCUCGAGCCCUUGGAGCAGCUCACCGACCACGGCGACGACGCCGUGAACCAGCGCGUGCUUGACCUCGUCGUGGAUCUGAGCAACUCUGUUCUCUUCAAACGCGCCAUGAGCGAGCUCGUGCAAGUAAAGCAGCUGCGCCGAGGGGCUUCACCUCUGUGCGGCUUUUCAGACAGGUCAUGGCCCUCUUGGAGGGUUCUGCGGCAAAUCGUCUUCGAGGAGGAGGAUGCGGACGGGGUGGAUGGAGACGACGACGGCGGGUCGUCGGAAGAUGAUACCCGGACUGAGAGGCAGAGGAGCGUCUCGGACCCGAAUGACAUACCUGAGAUGCGCUAG